UGACCAGGCGGUGGCGGCUCUGCCGAGGUGACAAUGUGCUAGGAGCCCCGCUCCGUGUCUCCUGCGCCUCCUCGGCCUGGGCGCCUCCUGUCAGCGCUCUCGGAGCCUCGCGGCCGCCUGCCGCGCUAUGAGGGAGCGUCUCCGGGGCUGGCCGAGGCCGGGGCCGCCUCGCUCUGCUCGCCGAGAAGUGUGAAGAGAGGCGCGGGCGGGAGCCCUGGCUGCGCGCGGCGGCGGCUCCAGGUGAGCGCGGCUCUCAGAGCAGCCGGCCACUGACCCGGCUGGAUCUAGGCAGCAUCCCAAGCGGGGACCGCGGAGCUCUCUCCGAGGGAUCAACAGCCACCGUAGCAGGUAUAUUUUGUAGGAGUAUUUUGAAGAUGGAUAUUUUCAAAUCAUUUUGAAAUAGUCAAACACCAUAUACAUGGGAUGCAUCUUACUUUUGUCCUGGAGAUCACCUCUGUGGCUUGGAUUUAUCUCAGGAACAUUCGUCUUCAGUCUCCGUGUUAAUUAGAAAUCAAGCAUGAGGAGAUUUGUCUACUGCAAGGUGGUUCUGGCCACUUCGCUGAUGUGGGUGCUUGUUGAUGUCUUCUUACUCCUGUACUUCAGUGAGUGUAACAAGUGUGAUGACAAGAAGGAGAGAUCCCUGCUGCCUGCGCUGAGGGCUGUCAUUUCAAGAAACCAAGAAGGUCCAGGAGAAAUGGGAAAGGCUGUGCUCAUUCCAAAAGAUGAUCAAGAGAAAAUGAAAGAGUUGUUUAAAAUCAAUCAGUUUAACCUCAUGGCCAGUGACUUGAUUGCUCUUAACCGAAGUCUGCCAGAUGUGAGAUUAGAAGGCUGCAAGACUAAAGUCUACCCUGAUGAACUUCCAAACACAAGCGUCGUCAUUGUAUUCCAUAAUGAAGCCUGGAGCACUCUACUUAGAACUGUCUAUAGUGUCAUAAAUCGCUCCCCGCACUACCUGCUCUCUGAGGUCAUCUUGGUCGAUGAUGCCAGUGAAAGAGAUUUUCUCAAGUUGACAUUAGAGAACUACGUGAAAACUUUAGAAGUGCCAGUGAAAAUUAUCAGGAUGGAAGAACGCUCCGGGUUAAUACGCGCUCGUCUCCGAGGAGCAGCUGCUUCAAAAGGACAGGUCAUAACUUUUCUGGAUGCACACUGUGAGUGCACCUUAGGAUGGCUGGAGCCCUUGCUGGCGAGAAUAAAGGAAGACAGGAAAACAGUUGUGUGCCCAAUCAUUGAUGUUAUUAGUGAUGAUACCUUUGAGUACAUGGCUGGUUCAGACAUGACUUAUGGUGGUUUUAACUGGAAGCUAAAUUUCCGAUGGUAUCCUGUCCCUCAAAGAGAAAUGGAUAGGAGAAAAGGAGACAGGACAUUACCUGUCAGGACCCCUACUAUGGCUGGUGGCCUAUUUUCUAUUGACAGAAACUACUUUGAAGAGAUAGGAACUUACGAUGCAGGAAUGGAUAUCUGGGGUGGAGAGAAUCUUGAAAUGUCUUUUAGGAUCUGGCAGUGUGGAGGCUCUUUGGAGAUUGUGACUUGCUCUCAUGUCGGUCAUGUUUUUCGAAAGGCAACUCCAUACACCUUUCCUGGUGGCACUGGCCAUGUCAUUAACAAGAACAACAGAAGACUAGCAGAAGUUUGGAUGGAUGAAUUCAAAGAUUUCUUCUAUAUCAUAUCCCCAGGUGUUGUCAAAGUGGAUUAUGGAGAUGUGUCAGUGAGAAAAACACUAAGGGAAAAUCUGAAGUGUAAGCCUUUUUCCUGGUACCUAGAAAACAUCUAUCCGGACUCCCAGAUCCCAAGACGUUAUUACUCACUUGGUGAGAUACGAAAUGUUGAAACCAAUCAAUGCCUAGACAACAUGGGCCGGAAAGAAAAUGAAAAAGUGGGUAUCUUCAACUGCCAUGGCAUGGGAGGUAACCAGGUGUUUUCUUAUACUGCUGACAAAGAAAUCCGAACUGAUGACUUGUGCCUGGAUGUAUCCAGACUCAGUGGGCCUGUAAUCAUGUUAAAAUGCCACCACAUGAGAGGAAAUCAGCUGUGGGAGUAUGAUGCUGAGAGACUCACUUUGAGACAUGCUAACAGUAACCAAUGUCUUGAUGAACCUUCUGAAGAAGACAAAAUGGUGCCUACCAUGCAAGACUGCAGUGGCAGCAGAUCUCAACAAUGGCUGCUGAGGAACAUGACCUUGGGGACAUGAAGAUCUUUUUUCCCAAGGCGUGAAAGUCUCUACUCGUUUGUUUGUCCAUUAUUUCAGUUUGGUGAAAAUCUUAACUUUGCUGAAUUAAAAGUUUUAAAAAUACUUUUAGUAAUAUAAAACACAGUUGUUUAUAAUUCAUUUUUAGGAAUGUUUAUUUCCCUACUAAAAAUUUGUAUUUGAUUGAAGAAGCACAUAAAAUAUAAAUAAUAAGAAACUGUUAUUAAACAUUUCAAUUGUUUGGGAAAAAACACACCUUGUAUUUACUUUUAAAAUGUCUUCAUUAGCCUCUUGUCACAAGGUUACUUGGUAUUGAUUUAUUUGGUGUUCUAACAAUUAAAAGAGAGAUCAUGUAAUGCCUUAUACAAUAUAAUAAUUAUGAAAUAUUAAUGUAGCUUUAUAAAACACUCUUUUUACAAAAGCUUUAUGGGACCCUGGUUGAAUUUCUAUGCCAACAAUUAGAACACAUAAAAAAAUCAUUCCUGAGCAUUGAAUUCAUCAAGCAACAUAUAAGGUACUAGGAAAAAAAUUAAGUUAGUUAUUAAAUUUGUAAAAUAUAAAAUCAUCAUACAAAAUUGAAAAAAACAAUUUAAAUAAUAAUUUUAAAUCAAAUGAUGUAAGGAAUACAUCGGGUAUUGAGGACGACAAGAGCUAUAUAAACCACAAGAAUUGCUGUGAGAGAAUCUUCAAUCCAAACAAGCUGAAGAUGGUCUUGCUCUGAAACGUGAUGUCAGGACCUCAAUCCCCAAUUACUCUCCGUUUCUGUAAGCUCUGCCUUUGUCUGUCACUCUAGAGGGUGAGAUUUGUCACAGCCUACAGAACUGUAGGUGAAGGGUGACCUUUUAAGUUUACUUUUUAAACUUCUAUCUCGUUUACUUCAGUCAGUUUUGUCAUUGGCUCGUUGUAUUUUACACAAUGUAUGACACUAUCAAAAUUUAUUGCUAUUCUAUAUAAUCCAACAAUGGUCACUGGGAAAAUUCAAGUUACAAAAGUGAUAUGAAUUAAACUACUAGACAUGAUUUUGCGUAAA